CGGGAGGGGGCUGAGGCUGCCGGGAAGGCGAUGGGGGAAGCCCCCAGGAGCCCCGGUGGGAAAUGAGGCCAGGCUGCCGGCUGCGUGUCAUCCCUGCCCAGUCCCGCCGGCCGCGGCUGCUGCCGCCACCCCUCCCUCCCACCCCGUGCCUGUCGCCUCUCACUGUCGCCCUGCUUUCCCAGAGCAGAGUCCCUUCUCCUCGACACUGCCUGGCUUGGAAAGGAGUCUGACUCAUCCCGGCUGGGCCUCGGCAGAUGCCGGAGGGAACAGCCUCGUCCCAGUGCCCUGUGCCUGUGGAAGGAGCCAUGCUUCACUUCUUGGAUUGGUUUGUGCCAGUGUAUCUGAUGAUCUCCAUUCUCAUCCUGGUGGGCUUUGGAGCUUGCAUUUACUACUUUGAGCCAGGACUCCAGGAAGCCCAUAAGUGGCGAACCCAGAGACCGAUCAUGGAGCGAGACCUUCGGAAGACGCUAAUGAUUCGGGACAACUUGGCCUUUGGGGUGCCUGAGGUAUGACAUACUGCCCAUCAAGGCCAGAAGAGCCUCUCCUGGGUGGGCAAAAGUCCACGGGGCAACAGUCCUGCCCUGCAUAAGCUGGGCUGAUCAUCACUUCGCUCUUAGCUGAUCUUUUUGCCCCUUUGCUUCUUAGGCAAGAUUUGUGUGACACUGUAGACCUGGGGCUUCCCUUGUACUCACAGCCCUUCACCCAGCCAAGGACUUCUACACCUCCCCAUGGCCAAGACUGAUGAAUCACUUAAAUGAAAAGUCCCUUGUUAAUGAGGAACUUGAGCUUGAGCUGCCUGGCACCUUGACAGGACCUUCAGUAGGAAAGGUCUCCGCAAGGAUGCCAGGCUUGCAAAGGGAUACAGAGCCUUUUAUUCCCAUUCAUUUGGUUAAAUCUAACCCAGAGUGGAAGUCCAGAGGGUAUUUCAGGGGAAAUAAAUUGCAUUUCAACCCAGAUCAUUACUUCAGUUGAGCAUGUCACAGCACCCACCCUUGGUGCUGGGAUGGUAACCUUGCUGAGGCUCUGUGCAGAGGGGCCAAGGGCUCAGCAAGCUCCACAGACUGAAUGCCUUCAUCCCUGAUGAAGGCUCACUGCUUCUCUGUGUCUGUUUGGGAGAUGGAGAAGAUCCGUUCCAGAUGUACCACAUGCUAAUUAAAGAUCUUUACUAAAGAGAUCCAA